AUGGGGAUAAGAAAUCAGUCCACAGUGACCGAGUUUGUUCUUUCAGGAUUAACUGACCAACCAGAGCUUCAGCUGCCCCUUUUCUUCCUCUUCUUGGGGAUUUAUAUAGUUACCGUGGUGGGGAAUCUCGGCAUGAUCUCCAUAAUUGGGUUGAGUCCUCAACUUCAUAUUCCCAUGUACUAUUUCCUCAGCAGUUUAUCUUUCAUAGAUUUCUGCUAUUCUUCUGUUGUUAUUCCAAAAACGCUUGUAGGAAUUUUCAGCAGAGAUAAAGCUAUCUCCUAUUCUGGAUGCAUGACUCAGUUCUUUUUUUUCUGUAUGUUUGCCGUUUCUGAGUGCUACAUGUUGGCAGCAAUGGCCUAUGACCGCUAUGUCGCCAUCUGCAGCCCCCUGCUCUACAAUGUCAUCAUGUCCCCGCGAGUCUGUUCUCUACUGGUGGCUGGUGUCUUCUCAGUAUGUUGUUUAUAUUCCAUGAUUUUUGAGGGAUGUUUGUUAACUUUGGAUUUCUGUGGAUCCAAUGUCAUUAAACAUUAUUUCUGUGACAUCAUGCCUCUUAUUAAGCUUGCCUGUUCCAGCACGUACAUUGAACUUUUGCUUUAUGUUCUUGGUGGAUUUAACAUGGUAACCCCCGCCAUGACAAUCAUCAUUUCAUAUGCCUUCAUCAUCUCCAGCAUCCUCCGCAUCCAAUCUAAAGAGGGCAGGUCCAAAACUUUCAGCACCUGUGGCUCCCACUUGACAGCUGUUGUUAUUUUCUAUGGAUCUCUCAUUUCCACAUAUCUCAAACCAGCUUCCAGUAGUUCAGCCAUCCAGGAGAAAGUGACAUCUGUAUUUUACACUAUGGUGAUUCCCAUGCUGAACCCCCUGAUUUAUAGCCUGAGGAAUAAGGAAGUCCAAAAUGCCGUAAUAAAACUCUUAAAGAGAAUAACAUCUCCAUAA